AUACAGAUAUGAUUAUGAUGAUUUAGUUUGAUAAAGAUUGCGGGUAUUAUCAGCUUGUUUUUCAUUUUAUCGUCUAACAUUUAACAUGAAGGGUCGUGUAUUUUGUUUGUUCCUGAUAGGAAGCUUGUGUGGGUUUGCUGAACUGAGAUAUACCACGGACUCAUACGAGACAGCGUCAUAUGGAUCGUCGUCUGGUUCGGACUACAACUGUACAUUUAGUCACGGGUUUUGUGGUUGGAGACAGGGAACCGGUGAUGACUUUGACUGGUCGUUAGGUUCACGUAACACACCAUCAACGGGGACAGGUCCGGAUGGGGAUCACACUAGCUAUUACGGACAGUAUGUUUACAUAGAAGCGUCAAGUCCUCGACAAGUUAAUGACAGUGCCGAUCUAGAAGGGCCGUAUUUUAACAUAUACCAAUGGGAAACUAAAUGUUUCUCUUUUUGGUAUAACAUGAACGGAGUGUCGGUUGGCAGACUAAAUGUUUAUACCGUCAGCAGUGAAUAUCGUAAUACGGCUUGGCGCAACCUAGUUUGGACGAUGGAUCAUAAUCGAGGACCAGAUUGGCAUCAUGGUUUAGUCAAUAUUACAGGAAGUGGACAAAUCAAAAUAGCGAUAAGAGCUGAGAGGUGCAGGUUAUCAAGGGGAUAUUGCCAUUGA